UUGGUUACCAGCCUUUAGAAGAAGAGCAGACGACACGACGAUCAAAAUGAAGUUGCAAGUGAACGAAAAACGACUUGCAAAAUUGUUUUUAUUUCUCGCAAUAUUCGUGGUACUUGUUUGCGCUGAUACAGAUUCAGAAGUUUGCAGUAAUUCCAAGGUUUGCGAUUCCCAAGCAGGGGACUUGGAGUCCGGGAAAGACUGUGGCUGCUCUGCUAGUCGACAGAAAAAUGAAGGCGAAGACAAGGCCAUAAACUCUAAAAAAUAUAGUGCAGGAUUUGAUGCUGAAAAUCAGGGAGGCCAGGGGAACGACCAAUCUGCAAAGGAUACCUUUGUUAGGACCAACCAAAUGGCUUUCUUAGAAGGUGGACAAUUUACUAUGGGAACAGAUGAGCCUGUCAUAUAUGCAGAUGGUGAAAGUCCAGCGAGGAUUGUUUCCUUGUCAUCAUUUUAUUUUGAUGUCUAUGAAACGAGUAACACUGAGUUUGAGUUGUUUGUGAACACGACGGGUUAUGUUACAGAGGCUGAAAGAUUUGGAGACUCGUUUGUUCUUGAAGGCAGAAUCAGUGAAGAGGUGAAGAACGACAUCACACAGGCUGUAGCUGCUGCCCCGUGGUGGUUACCAGUCAAAGGUGCUGACUGGCGACAUCCAGAAGGACUAGACACUGAUAUAAAAGACAGAAUGGACCACCCAGUUGUCCACAUCUCCUGGAAUGAUGCUGACGAGUUCUGCCAAUGGGCUGGCAAGCGGCUACCCACUGAGGCUGAAUGGGAGUACGCUGCCAGGGGAGGUCUCAAGGGAAGAUUGCACCCUUGGGGAAACAAAGAACUUCCCAAGGGGGAGCACCGGAUGAACAUAUGGCAGGGGGAUUUCCCUGUAACCAACACAGCGGAGGACGGCUAUGAAGGAACUUGCCCUGUGACAGCCUUUCAGCCAAAUGGUUACGGACUCUACAACACCAUCGGCAAUGUGUGGGAAUGGACUUCAGACUGGUGGACAACCAGGCACAGCUCUGAACUGCAGGAAAACCCAAAAGGUCCCGAGACUGGCACAGAUAAAGUGAAGAAAGGAGGAUCCUACAUGUGUCAUAAGUCCUAUUGCUACCGGUACCGGUGUGCAGCUCGAAGCCAGAACACGGCGGACAGCUCAGCUGCAAACCUUGGAUUUAGAUGCGCCGCUGAUGAACUGCCAGUGGGGGUGGAGUGCACUAACUGUUGAAUUGCCAGGUGUGAGAUGUAACACUGAAACGUCCCUCCUGAAGUCACAAGUUCCUUCCCUUAUCUGCAGUUACUGCUUAUUUUUAUGAGCUACCAAGCUACAGGGAAGUUUUCAGCAAGCCUAUGAUCAAAAACCAGGCUCCCCCCCCAAAAAAAAUCCAGCAAAUUAAUUUCCAAAUUACAAAGAGCAUUGUAUUACAUGUAUUGGCUUAUUUUGCUAGCGAAAAAAGUUUUUGAAAAAUUCAUGUGCUUUGCGGCUUCUUGACACUGGCCCAUUCAUAGCUGAUGCUGAUGGAACUUAUGAUACCAACUCCAACCAAAAUUGGCAGAAACUGAUCCCGAAUGUCCCAAAUCUUUGGCAUGAACUGGGACAUUCUCAGUUGCCACAAGGUAGCAAGCAUGAUGGUCUUUUUGUAUCCUUCUCUAACAUUUUGAGCCCGCAUACAUUAGCUCAAACAUGAGGCAUACAAGAAAGAAAGGACCAUUUUAUGUUGUAAUCAUGACCAAAUCAACACCUCCAGUCUGACAGGCAAAAAAAAAAAGAAUUUGACAUUGUUCACCCUGUUAUCUAUGAAUUUUCUUUGUGUUGUCCGAUCUUGUAGUCUUGCCAAGAGCACUGUUACAAACAAUCUCUCCCAACUCUUUCAAGAACAAUCUAUAAAGGACUAGAAUGAAUCCAAAAGGUGAGAGUUGACAUUUCAAGUAUUAAUAGGCGGUCUUUACUAUGGUACACUGCAGGAUACGCCCGGGGAGAAAAACACCCCUUUAUACACUUUAGAAAAAAAUCUUACAAGGCAAAAUGUAAUAUACACACACAUAAAUAAUAAUAAACGAUCAUCAAUUUGUAAAAUAAGAACCAGGUUUGCGUCUCAUGUAUCAGUCUAUCUAGUCAAAUUAUCUUCAUAAUUAUUACACUUUGAAAAUUAAAAAAAAUACAUCUUUAAGACUAAAAGUACAAGACAGAUAAUCCUAUCAUUAAAAUGAUACACAACUUUUUUCAUAGGUAAAACUUUGAGUGGUAGAACUAGUUGGUAAAGUGCAUGAAAAUCACAACCCCCCCCCACAAAAAGUUUUUGCAGUUCUAAGAAGUCUGGUCAACUUAUAAACCAAGACCUUGCUCAGAUUUUUUGAGGAAAAGACUAAGAACUUCAAGAAUUCAGUAUACUUAGAUUCUUCAGCUAUGUAGCAUCCAUGAGUUCAAUGACCUUUGGUUGUUUUGUAUUAAAAAAAGGCUGUACAGAUUUUUAAUAAACUGCAUUACCUGCAACAUAAGGAGUUAGGAUUUUUGUUCUGAGCAAGAUACAAGUCGACAAAUAGUCCUAUUUCCCACUAUACGAAACAUUACAACAGGUUUAAAUAAUGCCACUGUUACUAUCAAUGACAGUGAAAUUUGUUAAACAUUUUUCUCAUAUAAAUUUUUAGAAAGCUGGUCCACCAUGCCUGAGAAAUGGUAAACAAGUGACAAAUCAUAACAUAUUUUUGCAACAAUUCAUCAUUUGUAAUUCAUUUUGGCCAUGCUUAAUACACAUUAAUUUCUUAUUUGAAUAGUUACUUCAACUGUUUAAUAUUUUAAAAGUUCUUCUCUCCCCUUCCCCGUCCAAAGGAAAACAAAAAGGGAGAAAGUUGGCAUUUGUUGUUGAAAAUUGAUAUACUGAUUUACAGCAUUAUGGUACUUGCAUUUAAAACUGGUGAAACUACAUAUUGCCAAUGCUUUCAUGAAGAUACACAUUUCCCAAAUCCUUUACUUGCCUUUCCAUAAAAACAGCAUCACUCUACUUUCCCCACCCCAGAAAUCCCAUCUGGGAUGACCAGCUAAUACCAUUUUUUUUUUCAAAAAGUGAGCGGGAACUAUAUUAGUAUCAGGCCACUCAGGAUGCCUAGCUGGACAGCAAUGCUGCCUAAGCAUGUGCCACUGUGGGAAAUAAUGACUUUUCACACAAGACUUAUCCCCAUUUCCGCCAGAUCCAUAUUAAUUUUGUUGUUUUCUUGGUGGCGACUCAAACUAAGCCCCAUGAUCAGGAGGACUGACAGGCUACAGCAAAAAUGAUUAUUCCACAGGCAGGAACAUACAACUUCAGUACAGUCCACCGAAAACUACUCUAAAUAUGUCUUGAUUUCACUUGAAAGAUCAACAUUUUCUUGACUGGUUUGAGUUUUGUUACCCUAACACUAAAGUAGUCAGUUCUCCCCUUUAUUCUGACUGCACAUUCAUGACAGCCAGCUUGUAAGCAAUACCUUCUGUAUAUGAAAAACCAAAAUGCACGGGCCAACACAACACCCACACCUUCCCUGUUCUGAAAAACAUAAAAGACUGCACGUUCUUCAUAACAUUUCCCACUGCCUGUAAACUAAACACCAUUUCAUGAAAUCCUUUUGAUUUUUUUUUUUGUUUUCUACUUUUUUUUUGGUUGAAACUGUACAGUCAUGUUAGUAAAGGCAUACACAGGUUAAUUGUAGCACUUCUUUUUUAAUGUUUAGUUUCUGUAUACUGAACCGGCAGUAUAUAUGCAUUUUUUUGUAUACAUCUAGUAAGCAAAUGCAGUUUGAGUUCAUGGAAAAAAAAGGUAACUUUUGUGUUUUUAAAAUUCCACCUCAUGUCUGUAAUUACAUUAUAGAGGAUGUAAAGCCUUUUUGAUGGGACCAGCCCUCAAUCUGAGAAAGUCCAAUUUAUCGAAGUCUUUGAAAUUAAAGUAAUUUCUCUAAGACUGAAAUUGCUCCUUCAAAUCAUUUACAGUUCGACAAUUUAAAAAA